UGACCUCACGUCAAACUCAAAAUGGCAGACACAAGCUCCCGACGUGUCGCCGAGGUCCUUCUAGAGCCUGUAGGCCUGAAGAUUACAUCUUUCCAAGAGAUUCAAUCGCUGUGGGCGGGUUAUGGCCAUAUCUGCGCUCUCACCGCAAAACCAAAGGAUGCCGAAACAGCUGGUAGAGUGCGCAAGUACCUGCAUGCAGCCGAAUCAAACAAUACGUUCUUCUUGAUUCUGAAGCUUAUAUCGCCUCCGCCUGGUCCGACAGAUGAAGGCCAUCUGCGUAAGAUACUGAGUUACGACGUUGAGCAGUAUUUCUACGAACAUGUUUCUCCUCAGUUGGAUGAUGACGUUGCAGUAGCUCACUGUCUGACGUCGAGCUGGAAGUCGAAAAAUGAUGAUGGAGAGUUACGAGGUCUCACUGCUACGAUUCUUACAGACUUGAGAGUCAAGUUCCCUGUGGAAGGAGGGAAGCGAUCUGUUCUGAACCCACGACAAGCUCAGUCUGCUCUAGAAUGGCUCGCCAGAUUCCACAGCAACUCGUGGAAAUUCCUACCCGCGAAUUUGGGCGAAUAUCUCCUCCCUCCUCUUGAUGAAUACAAGCGACGAGAUGCAGGUCAAGCUAGUGGAAGCAAGCUAUGGUUGAACGGAGGAUACACUUAUCUCGCCACUCGACGCACAGAGUACAAGUCCCUUGCUGGUGAUACAUACUCUGAGUGGUCAGAUGCCUUUUGCGCACCUUUUAAUGGAUCGGAUAAAUCCACUGCUGAAGUGGUAGCUGACUUCCUCACACCAACCGGUCGACCCUUUGAGACGUUGAUUCAUGGCGAUGUCAAGUCUGAGAAUCUCUUUACUACCGAGUUAGGAGAUGACGUUUGCUUCUUCGACUUUCAAUACGUCGGUCUUGGGCUCGGAGUCUGUGAUCUCGCCAAAUUGUUUACAUGCUCUAUUCCUCUCGAUAUGCUAACCGACUGUCCAUCUCUACCGGAAGAAAUGGACAUGGACCGUGGUGAAAAGGCUUUGUUGUAUCUCUACCAUGAGACAUUGUUGAGUCGUCGACCUUCUGACAAGGAGCCCUUGGAUUAUGAUUGGGAUACUCUUGUUCGGCAUUGGGAGUGUGCACUUGUUGAUUGGUGUCGCUUCCAAGCAUCGUGGGGAUUCUGGGGAAACACGGAGUGGCUUGAGGCGAGGGUUAGAUAUAUUCUUAAAGAUGCUGGUUGGAGGGAGUGGCUGCAGAAGGAGAUUUCUGAUACAGGAAGAUCUUCAAGCUUAUAAACGAUAAAUGAAUAGAUUUGUAUCUGACUAGUCUACCAGGCUUCUAGUACUCGCACUUUGUCAACCUGAUUUGUUGUUCAUGG